UUCGGGAACUCGGGGUCACCUGGUGGCUAGGGUUUGGGGGGAUUUGACCCGGGGAAGCGACGGAGGCGGCUCCUCAGAUAUUCGGUGCCCCGCUGCCCUGACGUCGCCCCUUCCGGUUUCCCGCCCGCCUCAUGCUCCCCAGGCCGUCCAGCGCCAUCCCAGAUCCGGGCGUCGGGCGUCCUCUGCGCUCCAGCCGAGCUUUGCCCCGAACUUGCGUCCCCAGCGCAGAUCUUUCCUCUGAGCCCCGAUCCGUGGAUCUGCGGCUGUAACCCCCCUGGAUAGUUCAUAAAACCGAACCCGUGGCCGUUGAGUCGGUUCGACUCAUAGCGACCCUGGAGGACAGCAGAGCUGCCCCAUAGGGUUUCCCAGGAGCUGUCCUUUUGGUCACCAGCUGAGCUCUUAACCACUGCGCCACCAGGGCGCCUGGUAUUUCAAGAUCAGCAAACACAAAACUGGCCCAUUUUCACAUCCCCUCAUUCCACCCAGGUGUUUUUUGACAUUGCUUGGCUUGUAGAUUCUUCACGUGGCCGUCUUCCCUCUGUGUGUCCCUCUGUGUUCUCAUGAGAACACAUCCAGAUGGGAUUAGGGCCAGCCGUACUCUGAUACGACCUGAUGUUAACUGAUAACAUCUCCAAAUAAGGUCAUGUUCGCAGGUACCAGGGGUUAAGGCUUAACAUCUUUGCGGGGACACAAUUCAAUCCAUAACAACUCCUUUGACGAUAUGAUGAAAUCGUUUUUAAUUAGAAUAUUUUAUUGUGUUUUCACUGGAAGUUUACACGGCAAAGAGGUUCCUAUUUAAUUUCUACACAAUUUGUUCAGUAACAUUGGUUACAUUUUUCAGUUUCUCAGCAUUCUAAUUAUGUCCACUCUGGUUGUUCCAUUUCUAGUAAUCUAGUUUCUCUGCCACCUUGGCUUCUUAUAUUUGCUUUUCAGUAAAUACUGACCAUUUGUCUCAGGCAGAAGAUUUUUAAAGGAGUACAGUACUCACGGAUAUUAUUUGUCUUAUAACUUAUCACCCAGUCUGUUACUUAGCUGAAAGAUCUGAUGAAAUCUUUAAAACCUCUUACCAGAAAAAAGGUUUACACACACACACACACACACGAUACAUGCCAUCUGUUGUAUGUCACUGAUGACCUGAAACUCAUCAUGUAUGUGGACCCAACUAAACAACUACUGGUCAGUUCAGAGACUAUGGAUAUACUCUUCAGAAUAAGAGGAGGCCUUGAUCUAGCUUUUCAGCUAGCUACUGCUGAUGAAAUUUUUAUUAAGAAAGCACUAAAACAUGUGUUGAGGGACCUGUCAAGCAAGCUGUCUUCAAAUGCACUUGUGUUCCGAAUCUGCCACAGUUCAGUAUACGUAUGGCCCAACAGUGACGUGAACACCGUUCCCGGAGAACUCACUGAUGGUUCUGCUUGUGAGAACAUAAUGCGCUUUAUUCAAUUUGAGCAGGAAGAAGAUACAAAACGAAAGUUCAUGAGAAAGAAAGACAAAAAGUUACCAGACAUGCAUCAGAUAGUAAAUAUAGAUCUUAUGCUGGAAAUGUCAACCCCCCUGAGCGCUGUAACCCCCAUCAUUGAAAGAGAAAGCGGCGGACACCACUACAUCAGUAUGACUUUACCAGUUGAUGCAGUUUUAUCUGCUGCUCCAGAAGAAACCUGGGGAAGAGUUCGUACACGUCUAGUUGAUGCAAUCCACAGUCAACUAACUGAUAUGGAAAAAUGCAUUUUGAAAUAUAUGAAAGGAACAUCUAUUGUGGUACCUGAACCACUGCACUUUUUACUGCCAGGGGAGAAAAGUCUCACAACAAUUUCAUAUCCGUCAGGAAUUCCAGAUGGUCAGCUGCAAGCCUACAGAAAGGAGCUACAUGAGCUCUUCAAUCUGCCUCAUGACAGACCUUACUUCAGAAGGUGUAACGCUUAUCACUUCCCAGAUGAACCAUACAAAGAUGGUUACAUUAGAAAUCCACACACUUUUCUUAAUCCACCUAACAUAGAGGCUGGAAUGAUCCAUGUGGUCCAGGGCACAUACGGUUAUCACCACUAUAUGCAAGAUCACACAGAUGACAACGGCUGGGGCUGUGCCUACCGGUCUCUGCAGACGAUCUGCUCUUGGUUCAAACACCAGGGAUACACAGAGAGACCCAUUCCAACACACAGAGAGAUUCAGCAGGCUCUGGUUGAUGCCGGUGACAAACCAGCGACAUUUGUCGGAUCGCGGCAGUGGAUCGGAUCUAUUGAGGUACAGCUGGUACUAAGCCAACUGAUCAGUGUAACUUCAAAAAUACUGUUUGUCAGCCAGGGUUCUGAAAUGGCUUCUAAAGGACGGGAACUGGCUAAUCAUUUCCAGAGUGAAGGAACUCCAGUAAUGAUUGGGGGAGGUGUUCUGGCCCACACAAUACUGGGAGUUGCAUGGAGUGAGAUUACAGGGCAGAUUAAGUUUCUGAUUCUAGAUCCACAUUACACAGGCGCUGAGGAUCUGCAGGUUAUUUUGGAAAAGGGCUGGUGUGGAUGGAAGGGCCCAGACUUUUGGAACAAGGAUGCUUACUAUAAUUUAUGUCUUCCUCAGCGACCACAGAUUAUUUAAAAUAUCUUGGACUCAAAGACUAUAGUAAAGUUAUACUAUACAUUUGUUAAUAAAGAAUAAGUUUAAUUUCAGAUUCUAUUCUGGGGGUGAUUGAUGAUUUAAACUAUGAUGUUUUUCCCCACGGUUCUAAAUACUGAACAAAGAAUAAAUGCUUUUGGCAUUUCUUCAAUAACUUCAAGACCAAGCAUAUACAACCAAAAUACAGGCAUGUACAUGCAUGUGUCCUUAAAAGUUACGUUCACUUCGAAGACAGUUUUCCUCCUUCAUAGGAGUUUAGAUGUGUACUGUCAGCCAAAAGACACAGCUUGUAGCUAAGCCGUAGAUAUCCAUGAAGUGAAGGCCCCCUUCAGUCUCUUCACAACUAAUAUGACAUCUGUUUUUAAAAAAACGUAUCACACAUUGUUGCUGUUUGCCAUCAGUUCCGACUCUUGGUGACCCGAUGUGUGGAGAGUAGAACUGCUUCAUAGGUUUUCAAGGCUGUGACUUUUUAGGAGCAGAUUGCCAGGCCUGUCUUCCAAGGUACCUCUUUUUGUUGUUGUUAGAUGCCAUCAAGUCGGUUCCCACUCAUAGCAACCCUGUGCACAACACAACGAAACACUGCCUGGUCCUGAGCCAUCCUUACAAUCAUUGUUACGUUUGAGCUCACUGUUGCAGCCACCGGGUCAAUCCACCUCACUGAGGGUCUUCCUCUUUUCCACUGACCCUAUACUCUGCCAAGCGUGAUGUCCUUCUCCAGGGACUGAUCCCUCCUGAUAACAUGUCCAAAGUAUGUAAGACGCAGUCUCGCCAUCCUUGUCUCUAAGGAGCAUUCUGGUUGUACUUCUUCUAAGACAGAUUUGUUUGUUCUUUUGGCAGUCCAUGGUAUAUUCAAUAUUCUAGGUGAGUUUAAACCACCAAACUUUGUUAGAAGCCCAGUACUUAACCAUUUGCGUCACCCAGGAAUUAUAGUAAACAUUAAGAACUUUUUAAAAAAGCUUUUCUCUCCAAUCUUCUACCAUGAAGGACAAUUUUUGGUCUCUAGAACCUAGUAGUGCUAACUAUAACCAGUAUCAAAAUAUCUUAACAUGUAAGAGAUCCUUGAGAGAGGGAGAGAGCAACAGCUAUAAAUUACUCACCAUUGCU